CUUAUUUAUGACAUCUGACACAGUUUGGAUUAACCUUCUUUUACUUUACAAAAAUACGAUGAAUAUCGUUUAUGUUGCAGUUUUAAUGAUCCCAGCAAUGGUUAUUGAAUCAGCCCCAGCCGGAAACUCAAAUCAAAUGGCAUCCAUUGUUAAUGACAUACUUGAUCUUAAGCUACAGUUAAAAACUGAAAGGGAAAGAAGAAUGAAAUUAGAGACGGAGUUUGAUAUGUACAAACAAAUUCAAGGUGCCAUUGGGCAUGAAGUGCGGAACUUUGAUGGACAAAUGAACAAACUUAUCAAUGGCCAGAAUGUGGCUUUUUACGCUAGACUUUCUAAAAGUUAUGACAAUAUUUCACCGUGGGCGACAGUUGUAUUUGAUGACGUUGAAACAAAUAACGGAAGCUCUUACAACAGUACAAGUGGUGAAUUCACGGCACCUGUACCAGGUACAUACGUUUUCUUCUCAAAUAUACUCUCAGGGAUAGAUCAACGGAUAGAAACUUCACUUCGUAUCAAUGGUGUAGAUAAAAUGUUUUUACAUUCUGGAGGGAAGUUUCACGGAUCUGGAAGCAACAUGGCUGUUGUUAACCUGAAUGCUGGAGACAAAGUGAAAAUGGUAAAGCAUGGAUCAUGGGGAACAGGUCCAUCAUACAUACACCAAACAUGGAGUUCAUUUUCAGGAUUUCUCCUUCGGGCUGAUCCUAGCUUCUUUCUGUCUAGCUAUUCAACUCCUGUUGAGGCAAACCUUGCAACAGUUCGUGGAUGAUUAUAAUAACUGUGAUGUAGGGAUGUACGGCUUUAACUUAACUUUCAUCUUAAUGUGACAAACUGGCGAGACACAAUUAUCAUAACAUUUACGCAAGACAACAGUGUAGUAUACUAUACUUUAAACAGAGACAAUGUUUUUGUGUAAUCAUUUUAUACAGGAACAACAUUUAGGAGACAAUACUGAAGUACUUAAUAAACUAAAAUUUUAGCUUUGCGAUGCUUCAUUACAAAUACAUCUAUUUCUUAAAAUACGUCUUGUAUUGUCUUUUGUCACAAGUCUGUAUUGAUGUGCACGUGUUUCUUAAUGUAAUACUACGCUCAUCAUUCUGACUGAAAAAUAUCCGAUUUGUAUAAAGCAAAUAAAAAGAUAAUUCGGAACAGGUCGCUAAUUAAUUAAAAUUGUAUUGCUAUGGUGUAUAUUCCUUAAAGCAUUGCAUACUGAUUUUAAUUGUUGAGAGUUUAUUUAUAUGCAAAGGAAGUCUUUUACUACCUGUUAAUGACUAAAAUAAAUAAUACAUAUGUAAAUGUAUAUAUUUACAUCUGUUACUAUGGAAACAUACUUUAUAAAAAAUGUAAAUGAAUAAUUAAUGAUCUAAAAGUGAAUAAAUAUAUUAAGUA